AUGGUCUCCUGGUUCACCGCCCUUUCGUACGUUGCCACUGCCUUCGGAGUAGCUCAAGGAUACACCACCGCUGAAGAUGCUGCGCUCGCCGCUGCUGCAGCUAAACCCGUUGGUGAGUACUACAGGCCACCGGUGUCCAUGACGUCCGGAAGAUCGGGCACAAACACUCCAUUCCGGCGCGGUCCAUGCCCUGGCCUGAACACACUCGCCAAUCACGGAUACCUCCCGCGUGACGGCAAGAACGUCACGAUCAAGAUGGUGAUGGCGGCUAUGAAGGACAAGUUUAACAUCGCCGACGACCUGGCCACCGUAAUGGGCACCCUGUCGCCUGCUGUGUUCGACCUGAACGACCUCUCCAAGCACAAUAAUCCUAUCGAACACGACGCCUCAAUGGCGUGCUCGGACUCGUACUUCGGCGAGGACCCGGCUUUCGUCACCCCCAGCAUCAUCAACGACGUAUUGAGGUACGGGGGUGACGGCCUGAUCGACAUUAACGAUGUAGCCAAGAUCCAAUCGUCUCGUAUUGCGUAUGGCCAGCAGUACAACCCGCAGUUUGACUUCAGCGCCACACCGGCAUUCAUCGCUCGGGCCGAGGCGGCGCUCUUCCUACGAGCUUUCGGCGGACAGAAUGGGAACUCGUGCAAGGCCUCCUUCGCGUCGACCUUCUUCUUGCAGGAGCAGUUCCCCACGGACUGGACGAAGUCCCCCACGCCGAUCAAGUUCGCGGAUGCCCUCGCAACGAUCUCGUACCUCGCCAUAGCGGAGUUGUGA